GAGCUCAACCGUGGCGAGAGUUGGGUGCUCGGUGCCGCAAAUCGGGACCUUCUCUUGGGCCCGGCGGACUCAGAGGAGCCACUCAGCCAUCGUCUUCUGAGCGCUUGCGGCGGCGAGGAGCCAGGCCGCUGUGAUGGCACCGCACUUUGGGAUCGCCUUUUCGCCGAGCUGAGGCCGAAGGAGGCCCAAAGCUUAGACCAGGAGGAGGAACAGCAUCACAAUGACAUGAUCCGCCUCUGGGUGGAGUCCUACCUCAGACCUCCUCUGUUUUCCAAUUCGGAUGCCUAUUCCUGGAAGGUUUCAGCCGGUCGAAUCCUGCGCGGAUCCGCUACGAAAUG